UUAUUUUGCUGGCUUGAUUUUAUAACUAUUUCAGGGCUGGUCCCGGUGUAAAAUCCUUUGUGAAGAAAUCUAAGAAACCCCAGAUUGAGAUCAUCAAGAGGCGCAAACAUGUCUACAAGAGCAAGAACAAGAAGGAAAAGGAAAAGUAUGCUCCGAAUAUUUUUAGUAGCCCUGCCCGCCAAACUGAUAGCCCUGCCCGCCAAACUGAUAGCCCUACCCGCCAAACUUACAGCCCUACCUGCCAGACUGAAAUCCCAGCCCGCCGAACUGACAGCCCUCUUUCCAACUACUCCGAUGAUCUAGAGAGCGAAUAUUCUCGAAUGCAAACCCCUUUGCCUCAGCCUCAAAUCCAGGAAAACAGCAUUUGCGGAUUUUUCGAUUCUUCAAGUUGGAAAAGAGUUGAAAUUUGUUGUGGAGCAGUGUUUCAAGGACCGGCUGGAGAAUACAUGUUUGAUGCUCGAUUUUAUCGCCCUUGUCCCGCCGCCAUCGCCGGCCGAAACCAUCCCCUACGCCCCGUUCCAAGUUUUAACAAAAUACCAGUUUCUUCUUUUACCAAACCAGUUUCCCCCCUGCUGACCGACAGUUUACUAGGGAGCUCUGAACCUGCCUCGUCAAUGUGUAGUAGUAGUUGCAUUAGUGAGCCCGAAGAACCAGCCAGAACAACCACCUUCGAGAGCAUCAUCGAAUCUGAACUAAAAGCCUUCAACUCCGAGCCGGAACUUGACGACGAUAUUGACUUCUACUGCUCUGAGUCAAUGGUCGACUUGAAAAAGCCGCGAGGCGUCGUUGACGAUAUCGACGAAGGAUUCUUUGACAAGCCGACCAAACUUGUUUGCGAGAGAUCAGCAGUUUCCCUUUAAAACCUGGGAGCAUAUUAAUCAAUUAGAAAUCAGUUAAUCAAUCAUUUAUCUAAUCAUCAAUCAAUUCAAGACUGUCCACGUGUUCCUACACUUAACAUUUGAUCUCAAAUUUAAUACUUGAAAAUCCCAAAAUUGUUUUUCUCUGAAAUUGCACUGAUUAGCAAAAGCAUAAUUGUGCGAACUAUGUGCAUAUUAAAAAUUGAACAAUGUGGAUGGAAAAAGGGGAUUUUGAGGGAGGUUUACAAAAACUUCAAAUCUCAAGUAGCCUCCCGCCAUAACCCCCUCACCUUCUUAAAAUCCCCCCCUCCCCUCUUCGUUAUGUGAUUUUUUCCUAGGAUUGAUAUACUUUUAAUAAGUCACUUUUUGUUGUUAAAGUGGGUUUACAGCCAUCAACUUUAAGUACUUUAACACAUCAGCUAUCUGUUGUCAGUUUACUAAUUAGGCUAAAUCUACGUGUUUAAAACACAAUUUUUUAAAGUCGGAACAUUCCAAUUUUUUUCUUCUUCUGUUUACCAUACUACGACAGUAUUUUUUUCUCUACAUAAUUCGAACUCUCCCUGUGCAGCAUUUUACAAGAGACUGAAACCAAAAAAAAAAAGAAAAAAAAUGCUCAGGUUUUUACAUUUUUAUCCAGUUUUUAUACUUUAUACUUGAACUUGAAUCUUACAAAUCUUUCAGGGUUAAAUAUUUUUUCAAAGCUAUAAUUCUCGGAAUUCGUUCAGAUUUUUUUUCAGAAAAAAAAUAUAUUUUUGAACAAAUAUUUAAUUCUUUUCUAUCUGGUCGAUUAGGCAACCGUGUCAGAUAGUUU